CAUCAUGCAAGUAAGAAGUUUAAUUCCUUCGAUAUAGAUCCCUCUCGAGUCCUGCCGGGCCAGGACCUGAACCCUCUCCCCUUGGCUUCUCAAUAAUGGCUAGAAAUCGGUGGAGUCAUGGAUAUACAGUGUCAUUGAUCUGGUUAUCUUCUUUCAUUCUCUUUUACUCAGGCUUUCAAAUGGCCAUUCAAAAUUCCUCUAAAAGAAUUCAAUUCAUGGAUUCAGUGAGUACUAAUUUGAAUUCGGAAAGGCGGUCAAGAUUGUAUGAUAAAAUGGAACAUGAUUUAGAAGAACAUGGAGCUGUUUUCCUACAGGGUGGGGAAACUUCUCAGUCACUGUCUCUUUCAGAUAUUUUUGCUGUAAAGGAUGGGAUUGUUAAACCUGUACUUAAGGCUGCGAAUCCUCCUGUUCGUGCAAAUGUUCUGUAUCUCAAUACCAAUUUCUCAAUUCCUAUCUCGCAGGCAGGCAGGCAGGCUGUAAAGGGUAUAUUUCAGCCCUACUUCGAUAGAGCAAUCUGGUUCCAGAACUCCAGCUUAUAUCACUUCAGUAUGUUUCACGCCUCGCAUCAUAUAGUUGCUGUCCCUGCUACAGAAGAUGAGAUUGAGGCUGAUGCCACUGCAGUUAAGGCUGUCACGGAGACUCUCUGCCCACUGAAAAUUGUACUGCACAGAGUGGUUUUGACUUCAACGGGAGUGCUUCUUGGUUGCUGGCAGGUAACAUCAGGGACGGAUCCUGUAUAUAUUCGCGAGAGGCUGAGAAAUGUUCUUCCGAAUGCACCUGAAAAGCAACUUUAUGAUCCUGCUAUGCUUCACACUUCAUUUGCUAGGCUUUUGGGGCACCCUAAACUUUCUGUGGAGGAGCUGCAUAAGCAACCUAAUCAACUCCAAUUCUUCCACGAGCUUGUCAUUCACCUAAACAACAAAAUACGUGGAUUCGAGGCUGAAGUGUCUGAGCUUUGGUAUGUAGAGGAAUUUGAUAUGCUGGCGCUUGCAUUGAAUGGAAGAAUAAAACCACGAAAGUUUCACCUAGGGUGUUCAAAUAAUUGAUACAUGUUUAAGAAAUGGGAAUGUCGGUGGAAGAAGUGAGAAAAAAAACCCGAAGUUCUGUGCAGACGUAUAGUUGGAGUUGUCAUAAUUUGAGAAAUCUAGCUUCAUUAUUACCUCUAUCAUUUGUAAUGCCAAUAGUCGUAUCAAGUUUUUCUCCAUUGAAAACAAUGAAGCUUGCGUCUCGUCUUCAGGUAACAAUCAAAAUCAUCAUCAUCAUUUUCCUGUCUGGAAGCCAGCCUCCUCCUUUUGAGCAUAUGUAAAUGGGAGCAUUAUCUAAAAAAAAUCCUUUGUAAAAGUACCCACAGGGUGACGAGUAGAUAUCAAAUUUUACCGACACUUAGCCAGUUAUUUCUUGACUCUGGAGCUUGAGUUGUAGUAAUGUUUUUAUGUAAACCAAAAACUGACCGGAAAACUUAAACAGGUGUUUUUGAAAAUCCUGAAAUGAAUAUAUAUUUUUAUUUCCCUAUA